AUGCUCAUUAUAAAAAAAAAAAAAAACGAAAACAAAAACACAAUAGAGAUCCCCAAUAAAGUAUUAAUUGUUUGCUCCUCUUUCACUCGUCAUUUUAUUUAUAAUUCAUCAAUUACAGUUCCUGUGACAGUUGGACAGAGUUACCCACCGACUAUAAGUGCAGAACGGAGGAGGCACCGUGAAGUUAACAGAGAAAAUCGGAGGUUACGUGACGAUAACACUCCUGAGUCAGAUGUAGAAGAUUAUUACUCACCGCGGACUACAACUGGAUUUCCGGGUAGCAGGAAGUCGGGCCCCUUCCAAUAGGACACUUCAAAAUUCUUAUCUGGAUUUGGCAAGAAGAUGAUUGAACUGAGAAAUUAGUAAUGCCUUUAUAAUAUGAGAUCUACCUAUUGGAGUUAAAACUCGUUCUAAUAAGUGCCUUUAACUUUACUCAAAAAUGUUUUCGUUAAUUUAGUUUAGGUAUACGAUGUAGAUUAACAUGAAACUCAAUCCUAAAAGUGUAAAUAUUCCCCACUGUAGAUUCAAUUCAGGGUAGACAACUUCAACACUAUCGUUUUGCUUCUAAUCCAAAUAGCCUGGGUUUUAGAUACAUUUAUUUUAAAUCCAGAUAUAUUUGCAAAAAAUUUUAAUUCGUCAAUAGAUUCUUUAAGAGAUUCCUCUGUUCCAUCCAAGAUCAGUGAAGUGUCAUCCGCAUAUUGAGGCAGUAAAAUAGGAAAUUAUCAACAUAAAUACUUUUUAUAUCAUUAUUGUUACUUAUUCUAACGGCUAAAAUUUUAGCACACAUUAUAAGCAUAUAUAAUCAAUUGGCUCCCCUGCCUACAUCAGAAAAAUGGAGACAAAUUUCUCCCUUGAUUAAUAGCUGAGCUUGAUUUGUUUUGUAGAACUUUCGCCUUUUUCUUAAUAUCUUUCCCAAAUUAAAAAAAAAAUCGAAAACUUUUUCAAUGAACUCCCUAGAGUCAAAAGCCUUUUGAAAGUCAAUAAUUAACAACAUUCCAGGUAUAUUUUUAUUUUCUGCAUAUUGCAUGAUAUCGUAAAAUAUUCGAGUGUUUUCCACAAUAUAGCCUCCUGAAAUGAAACCGUUUGAUCAGUAUGAAUUUAAUUGAUCAAAACUAA